CGCGGCCUCCCACGGAAUUCCCUAUCAAUUUCCUCCCUCCUUUUCCCCCACUCGCAGAAGAGGUCUUCGCUGCUUUUCCCUCGGUUUCUUUCGUCGGGGGGCAUUUUCCACGGACGCCCUCGCGCUCGCCGCCGCCCCUCCCGCCUCGGAGACUCUCUUCCUUCCUUCCCCUUUUUCCUUACGCAAUAUACAGAAAUGCGCGAGGCGGUGGUUGGUUUUCAUUUCUUCUUCGUGGUUGUGUGCAUGCGGUGGGGUUGUGAGAGUGAGUGUAUGAGCUGUGGGCAAUGUUGACUUCUUCCAAGUGUGGUUUUCUUGGCGAUUGGUUGUGUGUCCGAGUGUGAUGGUGUCUGUGCUGUUUGGGCGUGUAGAUUUGGACUCAUCAAGGCCCAUCUGCGUUUUAAUCGUUGUGUAUAGUUGUGCUCGUUCGCCUUCUCGACAUGUGUCUGGUUCUGUGUGUUGGGUUGUGUGGCCUUUGCGAUUGGGUUUGGGUGACUUUGUUGUGUCGGGCGUGUGCGAUCCUGACUCCGCUGGGUUAUGUGUUCAUGAACGAUUUCGCUUGACUGAUUUCGUUGUGUCGUGUCGGACAAUGCGCGAGCCUGACCAGGUCCGCUUGUGGGGCAAUGUUGGGUUCUCUUUACUCGGCUUCCCUUCUCGGGGCUGGACGGCGUGUGGUCCCGUCUUGCUGGGUUGUGUGCCUGUGUGCUUGUGUCCAUGAGAAUCGCGUUUGCACAUCGCUGGGGGGUGGAGGGGGAGGGCGAGCAAGAGAUGGAGGCGCAAGUCGAGGCGGCGGCAUGGGGGCGGGGAGAAGGAUUUCACGUUUUAUUCCAUAUUAUGAUAUAUUCGGAAGCCAGUGUCGGCUUGGAGGGGCAGACGGAGGCCGGUCGGCGGCCGCUCUGUCCGGAGGCCAGUCUGUGCCUCGGUGUUUGAGGGGUUUGUCAGUGAGUGGGAGGUUCUUCAGGCUUGAAGCUGAGCAGCGCCCGCCGAGGCCCGCGCCUUCAAGCGGGUAGCCACCGGCUUCGUUCCCGACGCACUCAGGCUUCGUCCAUUUCUGACCGCCCAGGACCACACCGCGGCCUAACUGCUGGUCUCCCAGCGAGAGAGGGGGAAAGGAAAGACCCUCGUUCACAGGCUGGACCUCGGCUCCCGCCUCUCUCCGGCGGAGGAGUGAGAUCCUAUUCAGAGGGACCGGUCUCUCUAAAUAUGCCCCAGGAUGACGGAGCGGCCGCCCAGCGAGGCGGCACACAGUGACCCCCCGCUAGAGGGACGGGACGCGGCCGAGCCCCGCAUGGCCCCCCCGCACCUGGUCCUACUGAACGGCGUCGCCAAGGAGACGAGCCGCGCGGCCCCGGCGGAGCCCCCGGUCAUCGAGCUGGGCGCGCGCGGCGGCCCGGCCAGCGGCCCCGCCAGUGGGGGCGGCGCCGCGCGGGACUUAAAGGGCCGCGACGCGGCAGCGGCCGAAGCGCGCCAUCGGGUGCCCACCACCGAGCUGUGCAGACCUCCGGGGCCCGCCCCGGCGCCCGCGCCCGCCUCGGCCCCCGCAGAGCUGCCCGGCGACGGCCGCAUGGUGCAACUGAGCCCUCCCGCGCUGGCGGCCCCCGCCGCCCCCGGCCGCGCGCUGCUCUACAGCCUCAGCCAGCCGCUGGCCUCGCUCGGCAGUGGGUUCUUUGGUGAGCCGGAUGCCUUCCCUAUGUUCGCCACCAACAACCGAGUGAAGAGGAGACCCUCCCCCUAUGAGAUGGAGAUUACUGAGGGUCCCCACACCAAAGUUGUGCGGCGCAUUUUCACCAACAGCCGGGAGCGAUGGCGGCAGCAGAAUGUGAAUGGGGCCUUCGCUGAGCUCCGCAAGCUGAUCCCCACGCAUCCCCCAGACAAGAAGCUCAGCAAGAAUGAGAUCCUCCGCCUGGCCAUGAAGUACAUCAACUUCCUGGCCAAGCUGCUCAAUGACCAGGAGGAGGAGGGCACCCAGCGGGCCAAGCCUGGCAAGGACCCUGUGGUGGGGGCUGGCGGAGGGGGUGGGGGAGGAGGGGGUGGUGCGCCUCCAGACGACCUCCUGCAGGAUGUGCUCUCCCCCAACUCCAGCUGCGGCAGCUCCCUGGAUGGGGCAGCCAGCCCGGACAGCUACACGGAGGAGCCAGCACCCAAGCACACGGCCCGCAGCCUCCAUCCCACCAUGUUGCCCGCCACGGAUGGAGCUGGCCCUCGGUGAUGGGUCUGGGGCCACCCAGGACCAGCCGGGAGGGUGCCCUCAGGCCGCUGGGACGGAGGGCUUCAGGGCAGGUGGGGUGAGGACUGGGCAGCUCUGAAGCAGGGCGAAGGACCUGAUGAGCUUUCCUUGAUGUCUCAACUUUGGGCAGCCCUGACUGCCCCUGGGGCUGACUUUCCCGUUUCCUGCCUCAGUAGGAGAACAGAAAAAUGGAGCAAAGUGGUAGGUACUUUUUAUGAAGACGGCACGGUCUUCCCCCUUCCCCAAAUCCCGAAGACUUCUCAUGCGAGAGGCUCGAGUGGCGCUGCUUUUGGCCUGGAGCUUGUGAGCCCCGUCUUUGCUGAGACCCAUGUUGUCAGCUCUCACCUGAGGCGUCCAGCAGCCUCUGCCUUGCCGUUAGCCCCUCCCAAGCUGGCUGGGGUGGCUUUUGUGGCCACUCUGUCCGAAUAUAUAGGUACCCAAUAGCUGCCCACUUCUUGAGCCCCAUCUUCACCCAGGCCCGUGUUGGUCCAUUCGGCUUGCCGGCUGCUGCAGACAGUCUGGAGCUUUGAGGUGCCUUCUUCAGGGCCUGGUUGAAGAAGAUGGCCAGCACACAGCCCGCUCUCGACUAGAGGGGCCGGAGAGGGUCAGAAAAGUCAGGAGCCCGCCCUUCUUGCCCUGGGGAUCAGAACUCUGCUUUCUUCCCAUGGAGUCUUGCCUUCCUGAUCCUCGUGGCUGUGGGGACCGAGUUGGCAGCUGUGAGCGUGUGCCCUGUUGGCCUUUGUGCAAAGGCAGAGAAAGGGGAAAAUGACUGGGGAGAAGUGGAGGCAGAGCUCUCUGGAGCAUGUGGCUGCAGUCUUGGUGGUGUCUCAGAGCUACCUGCCUGUGACUCAGCUACACACCGCGGUCCGUGCAGUGAGCGGAUGCCUGGGUGCCGAUGCGUGGUGCUGAGAGAUGCUGCCCCAUCAGGGCUUUCUCCUGGAUGCUCGGAGGGACCUCCCUGCCGCAGGAUGUCUGUUUGCUGAUGGUCUGGUCUGUGUUCUGGCGAGUGCAGACUCUGUCCUGGUAUUUGGGAUUUUUGCUUGAUUUCAGUUCUUGGUGGGAUCUUUAGGUCCCGAUAUGGCCCAGGAUCCAUCCCCACGUCUAGGGCAUGGGGAACCCAAUCAGAGACCAGUCCCUGGCUGAGAGCCAAACGUGCAGAAUCUUAAACACCUCUCGAUUGUGCAGCUUUCGGUCCUCAAGUGUGUGUAUGGGAGGCUGGCUUAAUGCAAUAGGAGUGCCCCCCCGUCCAAAAGUUGUACAUGGAACUUUUGUAAAUUGAGUCCUUAUCCUUCAUCUUUUAAAGACAUACUGCCACAAGUCCUUUUAUAAAGUGAAGAAGCCUUUUGUGGAGUGGACUGCUGCCCCCUCGUUGAUCUGUGUCAAUCCAGAUGGUGGGACGUGGUUUUCCUGGGGCUCGGCCUGCCUGGGACCUGCGUCCCAAGCCCAUGGGACAAGUGCACACGAGUCCUGUAUAUGCCGUUGGACUGCCCUCAAGUCACGCCAGCUGUCUCCCACCAGGCUCUGCCCUCGAGGUCAGAGGGAGAAUGACCCCCAUGGCACUGCCCUGUCCCUAGCGAUGUGGAAGAAACAGUGGCUUACCCUGGCCGUGAUGGCACCUUGAGUGCAGUGGCCGUAGGCAGACGGAAUGAUCCCUGCUCCCCUCCUCUUCUUUUUAAGUUCUGGGCCCAGUUCGUGGGGAUGGGAGCAACCUGGUUAGCCCUGUAGCACUCUGACUCUCCGCCCCACUUCAGCCCCCCAAAAUCUUAUUUUGAUGAACAUUAGGGUUGGUUCAUUUCCAAUACUGGGAAGCUCCUGUGAGGAAUCCCUCUGUCUAAGGAUGGAGCACUUGUCCUAGGUCCUAAGGCUGUGUUUGCUUCCUGGUGGAUUCAGUUGACUUGGGAGUGACAGGUGGCCUCAGUGUAGAUGGUGGAUGGGUUUUAGGAGAUGGAUCACACAUUCAAUCAGAAACUCAAGCUUUGGGCUCCCUCUUCUCUCAGACUUGCAGUGUGACGUGGAUAGGUUCUCUCUCUGAGUGUCGGUUUCUCAUAAUACCCUGGCUUGGCCUGUCUCUUGGGCUGUGGUGUGAGCUGAAUGGAAUUGUAAAGGUAGAACCGUUUGGAGACCAUAAAGAACUCUGUUGCCCUCAGUAUGGAUCCUGCAGUGGGGUUUCCCACCCUGAGUCCCGGACCUGGGCAGUGGGCCAGUCUGCCUGACUGCACAGCAUUUGGGUAAUUUAGGUUCUGAACCACUUUUGUCUGAGUUAUCUAGAUUGGCCUCAUUUCUCCAGAUUGACCUCAUUUCUGUUUCAUUCCAAGACAAGGCACAGGAGUGAGAAUGGAAAAGAGAGAUGGGAAUGUGGGCAGAAUAUGUAAAUGUAAGAAAACCACCUGAAACGGGCCUGGGGUAGGGUCGGGCAAAGCUUCAGGUCUUUGUAAGAACUAGAGAAGAUCCAUAAUUUUUGUUUUCAUUUCUAACAACCCCUCUCCCCUAUAUCCUUCUCUGUCCUCUGCGUCCUCCUCACCCAUGAAGAAGUGUCCACAUUCCGAGAAUAACAUCUGUAUAAAAGGGAAAAAAUAUAAAAAAAAUGAGAACAAAGAUGACUAUAAUGACUGGAGGGAAUCCCAUCUUUUAAGAAAAAUUCAUUCUCUUUUAUUUGUAGUGUGGGAAAUGACAAGAUGGUACAACCUUUAUCCUUUUCCAAAAACAAAACCAAGGGCACAGCAUCUGUAGUCAGCUGACAGCUAUUUCGCCUUUGGGGGGUCUAGUCGUACUUGUGGUUUCAAUGGUACGUGGCCCCCUGCCCGAGGCUUGCCCCCUGCCCGUGUACAUAGCGCGUUGUUCCUGUGGGCGGGCCCAGCACUUUCCGUCAAUGUUGUACUGUACGUGAUGAAUUGCGUUGGUCUCUGCAUUUUUCUGCAGAAGAGGAGUAACCGCUCCAGGUACCUUGACCUUUGUCCAGCCCAGAGGCCAACACUGUGGGCGUGUGACUCUUUAGCAACAAAAUCCAUGUGGUGAUGAUGUGUGUGUAUAUAUAUAAGGAUAUAUUGGGAAGAUUUCUAAAUAAAAGUUUUACAAAGGGGCCUGGACUCUGUGCUGGCAUGUUGCACCCCUAGAGCUGAGAGUUGGGACAUUAAAAGGAAAGGUGUGUAAGAACCUGCCUUCCCUGAAAUGGGGGGGCCUCCAGGACUCAGCUGUCCUCAGAGUGAGGGCCCCCUGCCCUGCAGCUCCCCGCUCGGGCUCUCCAUUCUUCCCCCUCUGCCAGGCCACACAGGGGGGGGCCUCUUCUCAGCAUUGUGCACCCACGCUUUCAGCUCAGGGCCACCCCGCGGGUGGUCCCCUCUGUGUGUGGGGUUUGGCUCCCAUGGCUGGGGCAGGUGCUUUUCUCGUAGGUUCUGGACAGAUUAAGGUCUCGCCAGAGGAGGGUCGCAGGUUCACGGAUGACUCAGUGGCUCUUGAGGAUUGGAGGGUGCUGGUCUCGUGUGGGGCUCAGGGGCGGAGGCCGAGGCUUUGGGAACAGUGAGUGGAGGCUCAGGAAUGGGAAUGCCAUUCAGAGGCCAGACUCUGAGUUCUGGGGAGGCCUCUGCAUAUGGCCUCUCGGGUCUUCAGGGACCUCAGUAGGGCAGGUAGGCAUUUCCAACGGAGUCCUCUUCUUUCUUCCUUUCUUUUGUUUAGCAAACAUUUAUUGAGCCCCUACGAUAGACCAGGUAUUGUUCUAGGACUUGGGGACCCAGCAGUGCAGAAAACCAAGAUCCCUGUUCUGGUCUUGCUUAAGUUCUGGCAGGGAGACAGUAAACACACAGACACACACAACCGUAAUAAGUAGGUUGAUUGUAGGGUUGACAUAGUGAAUAUACAGUAAGCUAGAAGGUGAUGAGUGUUCAGGAAAAAAGAUGUGCGAAGAAGAGAAGUCAAGGGCCCACAGGGUCUCUGGCUCCCGUGGGUGAGCCUUGCUCAUCCCACCAGGCGCUGCUCUUGGUGGCCACCGUCCUAGGGAGCUUCCAGCCACAGAAGGAGGGCAAAGGCACCACGUGCUUGGGGUCAUGUCCUGGCCUCUCGGGAAGGUCCUCGCUUUUGGAGACUCCAAGUGUGCCUCUCCCUGGCCCAGGGCAAAGAGGUCACUGGGUAGAUAGGACGGUGAGACUGAGUCCUGUGGUGGGGAUACCAGUGGGAGCGCCCUUGGUGGUGGUGCAGGCCUGAGGAGCAGCAUGAUGAAGGGACGAGGGAGAGAGAGAGAGGCUGAGACAGCAGUCAGAGAGGUAGGUGAACAGCUGGAGACAGCAGGCGAAAGGGUGUUUGGGGUCGAGGAGAUGGUUCGCCAAGCCCGGCGCAGCUGAGGGGGCAAGACAGGGCCUGACAGUCUUGACUGGAUUUGGCAACACGGAGGCUGGUGAUGACUGUGGAGAGAGCAGCGUCACAGGAGGGGUGGAGGCAGCAGACUGACUGUCCUGGACGGAAGAACGGGAAGGGAGAAGCACCCAUUUCCAGAAGGACCUUCCCCAGGAGAGGACGAGGCAGUCCACGUGCAGAGAGGUCAGGAAGAGCCCAUCAGCUCUGUGGCCAGCAGGCAGAGACUGAGGCUAUCGACGUCCCAGGCUGGCCAGGCCCUGGGGAUGGUCUGGCUUGGUGUCUUUGACUCCAGAUGGAGGCACUGAGGCCCACAGAGGAAAGGAGCCUUCCAAGGGCCACACGUCCCAUCAACAGUGACAGCAGUGGCAGGCAGGGCAGGCCCAGGCCUCCUGCCUCCCUUGACGGCCUGUGUCCACCACAGGGAGGGGACCGCACCCUGGGACCCUGCCCAAAAGGCCUGCCUAGUUCCCCAGCCUUCCUUCUUCCCACUCUUCCCUUCACCCCUGUGCUCCUCUUGUGCUAUCCUUUCUGUUCUGGGCUGCAGUUUUUCUUUAACAGUACCACUUUUGCACUUUUUGUUGCUCUCCAGCCUCUGCUCACACCCUCCUUUCAUCUGGUUGACUUGUCCUCAGCGUCCAGGAGACUGUCCUUACUCUACCGGGUCAGCUGCCUCCCUGGUACCCCACAGGCCCUCCUUCGCUCUGUGCUGUCUGACGUGCAUCCACCUGUCUGCUGCCCCACUAAACAUGAGCUCCUCAGGGGAGAGACCCCCCCUCCCUGCCCCCGACUUGUCUCUUCGCCUCCAGCGCCCUCCGUCAGCCCUGGCACAGUUCCCUUUCAACAUUUGCUGAAUGGGAGGUUCCCCUGUAUGGAAUCUUCUAGCUCAGUUUCCAGGUCAGCAU